GCAAAACAUGGCGGACGUCGAAGAUAGAUUGGAGUCGCCAAUUUGUCAGACCACGAUCGGCCUUGGAUCGCCGAGAGAUGGAACGCCUAACAGCUUUUGUAGUACACCAGAACUUGAGAUAAUAGGGAAUGAAAGCUGUUCAGUAAACGAUUCAAAACAAUCCCCUAAUCGCGAAGGUUCUCCUGCGUUCAUUUCGUCUGAGACAAGUUUAUCUAACGAAGCUAACACUACUCUGAUACGUCCCAAAAUUAAAGAAUUAGGCAAUUUCAAAGGGCCAUCUACAGGAGUGGACUUGAAGGAGUAAGUAUGCGAAUCUAAUGAUUUUGUUUUCAGCAUUCGUUCAAUCAGAGUACCAGUUUAAACCCUCCGCUUAGCUGUCACGCUAUUUUAGCACUCACGCACGGUAGUUAACCAGAAUGCCGAACCGUUGCUAAAGUGGUUUUCAUUUUUUCAUCUGAUGAUAGGACAAGGAGAGAAGGAUCUAAAUCUUCUGUAAAUAAGGAUCAAUGUGGUGUAGAAUGCAAGUGGAUUUCUUGCCAUGUUAUUUUAAAAAACGCUAUCGAAUUAUCGGAACACGUCAAGACUGCUCAUGUUGAGCCAAUGUCUAAACAUCAAGACGUCUUCGUCUGUUUGUGGGAAGGCUGCAAAGUGUUUGACAAACCGAGUUUAUCACACACGUGGCUUGCGAAGCAUGUAAACGUUCAUACUGGUGCUAAGCCAUUUAAGUGUAUGAUAAGUGGAUGCUCCAUGACAUUUUCUUCGAGAGAGGGUCUUGCCAGGCAUGUGCCCUCGCAUUUUAAUGACGCUAAGCCCACAAAAAGACAGAAGUCAGAUAACGAUUCCUCGCCCAAGAAAGUAAUGAAAAAGAAAAAGAAGAAAAUUAAGAACCUUCGGCAGGCGAAACCACCGCCUCAAGGUUAGUGUGAUUUCUUAAGUCAUCUUUAUAAAAGAGUUUUAACUCUUACUUGACACGACAUGGGAAAACUUGUCUUUUUCUGAUCGUCUCUCAGUCUUUUGAAAUUGGUUAAGCAAGUUCAACGAGGAUUUAAAAGUAUUUAAUUAAUAAACUAAAGUUAAGUGUCAGAAACACGAAAUUUUUUGUUUGCUUUUAAAGGAAAGCUUGACCUCACGUAGGUUUCUUAAGAGAAUGUCAUCAUCAAGUUAGUCUCUUCAAAUUUUUGAUGUAACCGUCAGCGAGAUGUCAGUCUACUAAAUAUGAAAUAUAGGAAACACCUCUUCAAGAUUUCAAAGGUCUCUAUUGUAUGAACCACCACUCUGUCACAGAAUAAGCCUUAAUAGGUACCAGAUUAAAUAUGCAAUUUGAUUUUCUGCUUCUUAGAUGCAGCAAUUCAAUCAGUUGAGGAUUCAACUGGAAUGACCUUUUGGGUUUUCAGAACCAUUGUAUAUUAAUUACAGUGUGAGAAUUUUGGUGGAGGGAAUCAUAAUUUAUAAACUGACAUUUGUUUGAACAAACACAUUGAACAGGAAUAUAUCAGAGGUUUCAGGAAAUUUUACAGAAUCUAACUUCUGCAGUUUGUGGUUGUAGAUAUUUGUUGGAAUAAAUUGUGCAGUACUUCAUAGAAGUCAUUUAGCAAUUAAAGUGGCAAUAAGAUCUGACACAUUUCAAUUUUUAAACACUUAGCUCUUGAUUAUUUUGCAACUUUGACAGUUAAGGAAGAUUUCAUUGACCAGCAUGCAGUAAGCAGCAUAAAAGAGAAGCUACCACAUGUGAUGCCUGUGUCAUGCUACAGACUUGGCAUUGAUGGUGCAAAUAUUGUUUUUCAAAGUAAGGUGAGUAUUUUAUCCCUGUCAUGGAAGAGGAUUGAGUUGAAGAAAGCAUGUUGGUUUUAAGUUUUGAUGUUGUUGUUGUGGUUGUUGUUUUGGGGGAAAGCUAAUUUGUGUUCUCAAAGGAUGAAAUGAUUGAAAUAUAGGAUAAUGAAUUGAGAACCGAGGUUAAAUUUAUACAUCAAUAUAUACAACACCAGUGGGAGAAGCUUUCCAAUGUGUAGUUGCCCUUACUCAAGUAUCUAUGUUGUUUCCUUUGAUAGAAACUUUAUCGUCACUGCUUGUCUCCAUCUGAAAGCAUAAAAUUAUCAUUGGUAGCUACAAACAGUCAGGGAAAGCAUUUAAAUUAGCUACAAAGUUUUAGAGGUUGCUCUAAAUGGAUCUUGAUCUUCUGUAGUCAUAGCCCUUGAUAGAUGUCAUGUUGUUCUUUUAAAGAUCUAAGAUAGGCUAGAAAGAUACAAGGUGGCCCAUGCACAGACCCCUCUUAUUGUGAAGUUUAAAGGUCUAAUUUCUCUUCACAAUAGCACCCUGAAUCACACAUAAAGGUCAUGAGAAUAAAGGAAAUGGUCACCAACUAAAGAAGUUCUCAAUUCUUACACAAAUUCUCCUUGUCAGCACCUUAGGAAAUGUAUAGAGAACAGUAUGGAGAAAUUGCAUACUGAUGUUAGUGUGUAAAGGGUUAAGCUCCCAUCAUAAAUGGAUCAGGAAUCAUCUGAAUGGAUCAAGUGGUCUCUGACAAAUAAAAAAUUUGAAUAUUUUUUACAUACUUCUUGGUAGCAAAUUUACCUCAGAAAUUUCUCUCAGAUAUGUGUUUUUGUAUACUGAAGGAUCACAUAACUGAAAUCCCUCAAAUGAGAUUUUACUUUACUAAAUGAUUGUGUAAAGAUCCCUCUUGAACAAAGAGAUAAAAAGGAUCUGGUAUGUCUGAGCUUUUCUGAGCAAAAUUUUUGUUUACAAAGUAUGUUGGAUUCCCGGAUAUUCUUGGAGUGAUAUGUAUGCAGAAGAAUGGACUUAAAGGGGUUUUGCUUAGAACAUUGGGAAAGCAGAUUUCUAAUCAUGUGACGGCAUUCUUGUGCAUUGUUGUUAAAAUUGCUAGAGCCUGGAAAGAGAGACAAUAAGGAAAUUUUAAUUUUAUCCUUACAUUGGAGAACUAAUGACGUGAUGGCAAACAACCUAAUUAGUUGUGCUGACGUAAUAAUAUACCACAGGUUCUUGGAAGAAGAACAGAAGAGAAGUCUGGGGAGGAAGAUGUACUUCUAAGAUGGCUUCCAGAAGAUAUGUAAGUUACUAGCAGUGGUAAUAAUGAUAAUAUGUUCUUAACUGAGUUUACACCUUAUAUACUACUCAAAAUUUCUACAAUUAACUAUUGAUAUUAAGAAUCAUAAAGUUGAACAAUUUUCAGAAAUAGGCCUGGUUAUUAUUUGAGCGAGGUAAUUGACAAGUGCUCUGUUUUAAUUUGGCAGUGGCACUCAAGCUUAAAAAAAAGAUACAUCUCCAUGAAAUUUCUGUGGAAAGUUUCCAAUAAUUUCUUUCAUAGAUAUUAUGUUGUAAAAGUUGUGAGGAGUGCCACAUCUUAAAAAGUACCUUUUAGAAAGCAUCAAAUUGUUGUUAAAUCUGUGUCACAUGCACUAAAGGAUGGAGGUGGUAUGAUGUUCUGGGGAUAACAGCUGAAUUGGUCUCUUCUAAGCUACAUAUCCUUGUUUUCUUAGCAAGUGAUUUAGACACUUGUUUGUUGUGCCUUGUAUAGUUUUAUGAUAAUAAUGAAAGCCUUUUUAUGAGGUAGCAAGACCAAAAUCAGACCUUCAAGGUCAUUUUAAGUUAAUAUGUAUUAGUAGCAAAGAUUUUUUAAAACCCUGAUUAAAUGUCAGAAAAAUAUGGUAUUGAUCAGGAGUUUCACAAAUUUUAUCCUUGAUGAAUGUUAACAUGUGUAAUGUCAUUAUUCCUUCAUCUAGAAAACAGCUUUCUUCAGGUGGUCUUAUAUUUAACUUACCAUUGAUGAAAUGACUUAAUCUAAGUUUUUGGGCCCUGGAAAAUAUGGAUAAACUUAAAAAGGAAAAGAAUAUAGUUGCUCAAUUUAUAUUUGGAAAAUUGUGGGAAAAAAGAAGCAAAUAAUGAAACAGAAAUUGCGCGUCAGAGAGGCUCUUCAACGUUUAACGUCGUGACUCCAAGAAAGAAAUGUUCAAGGCUUUGUUUUUAAAUCUCUCCUUAACAGAUUACCAGAUGAGUGGGUUCCUUUAAAUGAGGUUCAAAAGCAUAGGACACGAACUGUACACAUCUCUCAGCUCCCAAACGACGUGGCCGCUGAUUUGGAUCCCUCGUUCUACAGACAAUUGUCCCACAGAAAACACCACCGCAAAUGAUUAUCGCAGUUUGUUACAAAGUGUAGCAUUUAUAGAGAUCUUAGUCCUUUACAUGCUUUCAAAGUUAUGAUACUCUUGAGAAAAGAAAUCCCUCUUAACCAUCAAAGCUAAUCGGUGUUACCAUUGGGCUAGCUUUCUCACUCUCCUUGAUUGCGUUAGAAAACUCUAAGCACUCUUUCCACCAAUCGUAUGCAAGAGUAAACCCAGCCAUGAUUUUCUCAAGGACGAGGGCGUUAUAUGUGUCUACUUUCAGUUCGCUUUAGGCUCCUGGAGUUCUUACAAGUUACUUUGUUCUGGUUGGCCAUUGUAAAUACGCUGGUUUUGGUUUUUACGACUUCAGUGGAUAAAGGCUUCAAUUUAGCUGACGCUCUCUCUCAAAAUUCUAACUUUUCUUUCUCCUUUCUCUUCACGGUCACAGCUUUUCUGCUCGUGUAUUUAUAAACCUCUUUUGGAGAUUAUUGCUGUCAUUUCGUUUUCAUUUUAAAGUUAGGUUACUUUUAUCGUUCUGUGCGACUGUCAUCCGACUUUGUUCUUAACUCGUCCUACAAACGUUUUUUUUUUGGAAUAAGUAACUUAGAUGAGGUGAACCGUCUCUCAGAACUAACUUAUGCUUUUGUUAUCUUUGUGAGGCGUGUAGAAAUUGUGGGCUUUCUUUGUAAUGGGGCGCUUUCUGUGAACUUUCUUGGAUGACAGAUUAUUCCAUCGGCUUUCUUAAUGCAACUUGUCAAAUUAAACAUUUGUAAAUAGUUACACAAAGAGACUAUCGGGGUUUGGACAGGCGCAAAUAUUUUCGUCAUCUCCUCUUGUGUUUACGCCUGGCUGUCUCGAAAUACGUAGGAAAAGUAGCAAAGCUUCUAGUUUAUUGUACAGGCAGCACUGCGGCGUGGAUAACUGCAGUACUGAAGUGAGUUUAAUAUCUAUUUCUAUUUAUUUGCUGCAAUAUAUUUUGUUCACACAUGACAGAGUUUAUGAAUAAAGCUAUACUGUAC